UAUGGAAGGGGAAAAUCGUGAAAAUUACUUAGGCAAUUUCAGCUCUAUAUUUCAGACAGUUGGUUUAUUACAAUCUUCUAGUGCUAUUCUCCUUAGGAUUCAUCUUUAGAAUUAUGGCGGAUAAAGAAAAGAAAAAGAAGACCAAGAAGAAGGAAGAGGCACCCGCAGCAGUGGAGGCAACAGAAGCUGAACCUACAAUUGCACCAGCAAAAGAGGCAGAGCCUGAACCAGCGGCAAAAUCUCCGGCAGAGUCAAAUAGAGCUAGUCGUGGUAGCAAACGGGCUAAACGCUCUGGUUCUAAUGUCUUCUCCAUGUUCUCGCAGAAGCAAAUAGCUGAAUUUAAAGAGGCGUUCAGUUUAAUGGAUCACGAUAAAGAUGGCAUCGUUAGCAAAAGUGAUUUGCGUUUCACCUUCGAUCAGGUGGGACGUCUUGCCAACGAGAAGGAAUUAGAUGAGAUGAUUGGAGAAGCAUCUGGUCCCAUUAACUUUACCCAAUUACUCAACCUUUUCGCUACUCGUAUGUCAGGAUCUGGAGGUGCUGAUGAUGAUGAAGUUGUUAUUGAAGCUUUCAAAAGUUUUGAUGAUGGAAACGGGAAAAUCGAUGGUGACAGGUUGAAAAAAUCUCUAAUGACGUAUGGAGACAAAUUUACAGCAAAAGAGGUAAAUGAUGCCUACGAUCUCAUGUACAUUGAUGACAAAGGAAAGAUCGACACCGAGAGUCUUAUCAACAUGUUGCUUGGUACUGGUGAGGAUGAAGAAGAAACAUAAUCAAGAAUUCAUAGCUUCAAAAAUUAUAUGUGCAUGUGGUUAAAUAUAUUAUAAAAUUAUAUACGAAGCCGAGCAGACGAUUUAGAUGAUUUCACUUGAGAGGAACAGCAAUCCUAUAUGUUAAAGAUGCCUUACAGAUAUCAUUAACACAUCUUUAAGACAUUGUUUUCUUAAGUACUACAUUAAAGAUAAGGUGGGGAUUGCUCUUGCCGUAUAUUUUUUUCAAAAUUUUUUAGUAGUAGGCUCUGUGAACCUUAGUUUUCGUGGGUAACUUAAAACUCCAUCCACCAAGAGGGCGCAUUUAUCAGCCCGGUUUCUAAACUUUUUUUAAGCGGAAUGAGCAAUAUCCGACCUCAUUUUUGACAAUAUAUACUAAUGAAAAUCUUAGAUAUACGUCCGUAUUAUAGGUUCUAACUUUUUUUAGACGAAUCUAGCGUCUGCAUGCAAAUUUAAGAUCGUCUUCACGACAUUGUCACUGUAUCUAUGCUCGUGUCCUUGAGAUGUCUGGAAUUUUUAGUGAAUUUAUUUGUUUAUUAUUAUUUUGAAAAAUUAUUAUUAUUAUAACAGUUAAUAAUAAAAGUCUCUAUUUGUAGAUUACAAUUAUUAAUUUGAUAAUUAUUAAUGUGAAAAUUCAUACAUGGGCCCUGUUUAAGUACCCAGAUGGAUAUUUUCAGGAAGUUAAAUUAGAAUAAAUUUCUACAUUUAUUAUGCUAGGUACUACAGUAAGCACUAGAUCGCGCUGACAGAUAGAUGCUUACAAUAAAAUCAGAAGAACUUUUUUUUCUCAGACAUUCGCGAUUUGAAAAAGUGUUACACAAUAAUUAAUUUUCACCACGCCCCCCCCCCUACUCUCAUCUAAAAGACUAUGUAAUUUAUGCACAGCUUCUAAACACCUUCUCAAAUUUUUUUUCUCACUGUGUGAAUUAGAGAAUACUUAAGAGAAGAGUUAUACUCCAAAAAAGUGAUGUGGGUGUAUUCAAAGUUAAAAAUAUUAUAAUUGAAGAAGCAGUACCACACAAAUGUAAACAUAUAUGAAACCAUGCAGAAAUGUAUAUUUUAUAUAUCAUGAGAAAAACAUGUAAAAAUACCUUUUAUUUCUUGUAGAAAUUUUGGAAAUUGAAUAAAACUGUGUAGUUACGAUA